AUGUACCCCCCAUCAACCUUCACCACCCCACGCCUCCUCUUCGAGGCCAUGACGCCCGACGAUCUCGAAGCCAUGUAUCAGAUCCGCAACAAGCCCGAAGUUAUGAGAUGGAGCCUGCGCAAACUCCCCGACCAAAACCUCGAAGAAACCCGCACCUGGCUGACGAAAUUCAUCUCGGGGGAGAACCACCCGCCCCGGACGUGCUACGUUAUCCGGGAAUUGUUACCAACGCCUAAAUCUUCCACUCCCGAUGGGACUGGGGCUGCGACUCCAGCAGUAGCAGCAGGCCCCGUCAUCGGCAACAUGGGCGUGCGGAUGGAGCCCGCCCCGACCCAGCGGGAUGAUCCUGGAUUAACAUCAUCGUCCUCGCAGCAGCAGCAGCAGCAGCAGCAGCAGCAUUCCCCAAGCAAAGACCGCUGGGAACUGGGGUACAUCUUCCACCCGGAUGUGUGGGGCAAGGGGUACGCGACGGAGGCGGUGCAGCACCUCAGCCAGAAGUUCUUUGGGGAGCUGCAGGCCCAGAUGACGGAGGCGUAUGGGGCGGAGGCCACCAGGAAUGUGGAGGGGGGACUGUGGGCGAUCACGAAUCACGAUAAUGCGGCGAGUCAGCGGGUGCUGGUGAAGACGGGGUUCGCGGGCCCCGUUGAGGAGUUUGUCGAGGGGGAUGGGACGCGGUGUGAUGUUUUUGUGAAGUAUAAGUGA